GCAGCCCCUUUCUCCCGCAGAGGUCGGACCCGCAGCUGCUUGCCCGGUUCUACUAUGCGGAUGAGGAGCUGAACCAGGUGGCCGCGGAGCUGGACAGCCUGGACGGGCGCAAGGACCCCCAGCGGUGCACGCUACUUGUCAGCCAGUUCCGCUCCUGCCAGGACAACGUGUUAAACAUCAUUAACCAGAUCAUGGAUGAGUGCAUCCCCCAGGACCGAGCCCCUCGGGAUUUCUGCGUCAAAUUCCCUGAGGAGAUCCGGCACGACAACCUGGCUGGCCAGCUGUGGUUCGGCGCCGAGUGCCUGGCCGCUGGCUCCAUCAUCAUGAACCGGGAGCUUGAGAGCAUGGCCAUGCGCCCGCUGGCCAAGGAGCUGACCCGCAGCCUAGAGGAUGUGCGGGGCGCCCUCCGAGACCAGGCGCUACGGGACCUCAACACCUACACAGAGAAGAUGAGGGAGGCGCUGAGGCACUUCGACGUCCUGUUUGCAGAGUUUGAGCUGAGCUAUGUCUCAGCCAUGGUGCCGGUGAAGUCUCCCAGGGAGUACUACGUGCAGCAGGAGGUCAUCGUGCUGUUCUGCGAGACAGUGGAGAGGGCCCUGGACUUCGGGUACCUGACCCAAGACAUGAUUGACGACUACGAGCCGGCCCUCAUGUUCACCAUCCCGAGGCUGGCCAUCGUGUGUGGCCUCGUGGUCUAUGCAGAUGGACCCCUGAACUUGGACCGCAAGGUGGAAGACAUGUCUGAGCUGUUCCGGCCCUUCCACACGUUGCUGCGGAAAAUAAGGGAUUUGCUGCAGACACUGACUGAGGAGGAGCUGCACACGCUGGAACGGAACCUCUGCAUUUCUCAGGAUGUGGAGUUCCCCAUCCGGGUGGACACACAGGUGCCCACUGCCCUGGCCCCCACCUUUCCUGCACCCCUUCCCCCCGAGGAGCCACUCUCAGCCAAGGCCAGAAACUCGGAGGCAGAGCUGGCCUGCUCCAUGCAGUAUGAUGACCAGGAGUUGGAGCAGCUCAGCCGCAUGGUCCACAGGGCUGGGGACGAGAUGUCCUCUCUGCUCUCGCCGCCCAGUGCCUGCCAGUCCCCCGCACACAGGCCUGGAGCAGAGGGCAGCCCCCAUGGGGAGGCCUCUCCAGGCAGAGCACACCUGCAGGUGGGCAGCGACGAGGAGGAACGGGUGUUCUUCAUGGAUGACGUGGAGGGUGCAGUGGAAGCCCCUGCCAGGCCCAAGUCCCCUCAAGGUCUAUUUGAGUGGGCAGGCAGUGCCCGGGCCAAACCCCAGGAGAGGGGGCAGGGAGGCCAGAGCAGAGAGGCAGAGGUCAGCGCUCUUGCCACAGAAAAGGAGCAGGACUUGAGCAACAACAAUAACACUGAGGACGACAACGUGCGGGUGACCAGCCUCUCAGGCUCCAACUCCUGCAGCUGCCUGGACUCACAGCUGUACCUGGAUGGCUGGGAGGUGGGUGGGGAUGACGCCGAGACGGCUGAGAUGAUCGCCCACCGGACGGGGGGCAUGAAGCUCUCGGCCACGGUCAUCUUCAAUCCCAAAUCACCCACCUCCUCGGACUCUGCCAUUGCCACCCAGGAAACCCCAGGCCUCAGCAUUUCCCCGUCAGGGCCUGCGACCGAGGGCACGGAGGACAGCUCCCACAAACUCAGCACUGCAGCCACCAACUGCCUCCUUCAUUCUUGCGUGUGCUGUGGGAGUUGCGGGGACAGCAGGGAGGACACUGUGGAGCAUUUGCGGGAGAAGUGUAGCCCGGAAAGCAUUAUCAGUGCCUCUUACACCACCGGCUUAGCCAAGGCCGGCAACAAGGGCCCCGAGAGGCAGGAUGAGGACCGGCCUGUCCCCGAGGGCCCCCUGCCCACAGAAGACACCUCCGCCAGUGGGGAGCCCGAAGCCCCCACUUCCAACAAGUGCCUGGCACACACCUCAGGUUCCCAGGUGGACACAGCAACUGUGUCAUCGGGAGAGGCCGAGGUGACCAGUCAGCAGCAGGGGCCCGAGGCCAGCGAGCAGAUGGGCAGGACACCUGUGGCCCAGGAGGAGCCUCAGCACCCGCUGGGCUCCAGCGGCCCCACGACUGGCUCCUGCUCCUCAGAUAAGACCAGCCCAGAGGCGGCCCUGGCAGCCACACCUGUCACCCCCGUGACCACAAGAGAGAAGAUCCGGUCCAGGUUCCACGGCAGCCAUGACCUGAUCCAUCGCCUGUUUGUCUGCAUUUCAGGCGUGGCUGACCAGCUGCAGACGAACUAUGCUAGUGACCUGAGAAGUAUUCUCAAGACGCUGUUUGAGGUCAUGGCCACCAAGCCAGAAACGGAUGACAAGGAAAAGUUAAGGAAGGUCACCCAGACCCUGCGUAGUGCGGCCUUGGAGGAUUGCGCAUUGUGCCAGGAGACCCUGUCAUCCUCAGAACUCGCAGCUAAGACUCGAGACGGGGACUUCGAAGACCCACCUGAGUGGGUGCCAGACGAGGCCUGCGGCUUCUGCACUGCCUGCAAAGCUCCAUUUACUGUCAUCCGCCGAAAGCACCACUGCCGUAGCUGCGGGAAGAUCUUCUGCUCCCGCUGCUCCUCGCACUCAGCACCGCUGCCCCGCUACGGGCAGGUGAAGCCUGUCCGUGUGUGCACACACUGCUACAUGUUCCACGUCACGCCCUUCUACAGCGACAAGGCGGGCCUGUGACACGGUCCCAGGCACAUGCCCCCACCCCCAGGCAGGACCCCCAGGAAGGACAGGAGAGUCUCCCUGUGUCUCAUCCAGCUGCCAAGUUCUAGGGCUGCCCAGACUUCCAAAUUGUUCGGAGCCUCCAUCCCACCCACCCUGGCCUGGGACCCCACCCAGGGACCCCAGGCCGGCUGCAGGGUGACCGGUUGGCCUGACCCACAGAGGGAGCCCAGUGGCAGGGGGCCUGGCAGGUGGGCUGGGCUUUCCUGCUGGUCCGCAGGAGCUCUGCUAUGCCUGGUGUGUGCAGGAGAGUGGCCUCCCCGAGGGGCCUCUCUGUCCGGUGAAUCUAGAAGCAGGCACAGGGGAAGCUGGGCAGGCUCACCGACAAGGCAGGGUUUCCCGUGCGCUCACCAAAUCAGAAAUAGCGGGCUGUCCCUUCCUUCCCACAGCCACCCACCGCCUUCCCCAGUGCCCACCCUCGCUGGCCUGCCUCAUGCAUCUCAUUUCUUCUUGGCGGGGGAAGUGCGGGAGGCCACUUGGUGGGGCUCUGGGUAAGCAGGGGCCUGGUGUCCGCCCUCCACUGUCCACCUGCUGGCGGAGCCCGGGCAGCACACAGACCCUCAGGCGGAGGUUGCUCAGGGUCUUGGGCCCAGGCUCACCAGGCAGCCCAGGACCGCUGGGGGCUGCCAACACGGCCACCACGACCCCCUUCCCUCUGUACCCCCUGGGAUCCUGGCCCACUUCCUCAGACCCCAGAGCAGCCUGGACCCAGGCUGACACGGCAGAGUGGCCCCAGCACGGACACCUCCUCAGGCUUAAAUCUCAGGCUUCACAUUGCAAUGAUGAUUGCAGUUUUAUUUUUAGAGAUGACACACCUACUGCUUCUUUUAUAGGAUAAAAUGCAAUUACUAUUUAACAGUGGAAUACACAUGCAGAAAAUGGCUUCUGUGGGGGAGAGUAUAUAAUGGAGAGAAUAUUAUGUAUUGAAAUUAUAUUUAUUUUCUAAAUGCUGUAAUUCGAAACCAUUUCCAUAAAUCUAUUUAAGGAUUGCA